AUGAGAGCCAGGCGCCACCUGGACAAAAGUAUAACAUUGCAUGAUUUCUGUCAUCAGUUUGCAAGGAAAUAUGGAAACGUUUUCAGUCUUCAUCUCUUUGGGGAAAGAGCUGUGAUCAUUAAUGGAUACAGACACGUGAAAGAAGCUCUUGUUGAAAAAGGAGAAGACUUCAUGGAUCGUCCAACCAUUCCAUUGUUUUCUGAGUUUUUUAAGAACAAAGGUAUUGUUUUCUCAAAUGGUUACCUAUGGAAGGUACAGAGGAGAUUUGUUCUUCAUACAAUGAGGAACUUUGGUCUAGGAAAGACAACCAUGGAGCAAUUCAUCCAGCAGGAAUGUCAAUACCUCACUGAAGCUAUUGCUGAUCAGCAAGGGAAACCUUUUUCUGGUCAGAAAAUGAUUAACAGCGCUGUGUCCAACAUCGUCUGUUGUUUGGUCUUCGGCAGUAGAUUUGAGUACAAUGACAAGCAGUACUGCACAAUUCUUGAGACCUUUAAUGAGAUAAUACGCUUACAGGAAGGUAUUUGGGUACAGAUAUACAACGCAAUUCCCUCUGUGAUGAAGUGGCUACCUGGACCUCAUAAAAAACUAUUCAACUAUCUACAGAAUGUAAUUGAUUUUAUAGAAAUUCGGGUCGUAGAACAUAGAGAAAACCUUGACCCCUCAUCUCCAAGAGAUUACAUUGACUCCUUCCUGAUAGAAAUGGGAGACAGAAAGGAAGACAAAGAUUCUGGGUUUGAUCUGUUCAACUUGUCAUCUUGCACUCUUGACCUUUUGGCUGGUGGAACUGAAACCACCACCACUACGUUACACUGGGGGCUCUUGUACAUGAUUUAUUAUCCUGACAUACAAGAACGUGUCCAGGCUGAGAUUGAUUUUGUGAUUGGACCAUCCAGACAACCCACUGUGGCUGACAGAGAAAACAUGCCUUACACUGAUGCUGUUAUCCAUGAGAUACAGAGGAUGGGAAACAUCAUUCCUCUCAAUGUGGCCCACAAGACGACCAAAGACACCACCCUGGAUAAAUACUCAAUUCCAAAGGGCACCUUGGUCAUUCCUUCACUCCACUCUGUCCUCCAUGAUGAGUCGAUGUGGGAGACUCCACAGUCCUUCAACCCUCAGCACUUUCUAUACAAGGAUGGGAAAUUUAGAAGGAGAGAAGCCUUCAUGCCUUUUUCUGCAGGUAAACGUGUGUGUCUUGGGGGGCAGCUGGCCAGGAUGGAGUUAUUCCUCUUUUUCACUUCCCUCCUUCAGAGGUUUAAAAUCUCACAUCCCCCAGGAGAGCCGCCCAGCCUGGAGUACAAAUUAGGAGCAACUCAUGGUCCUAAACCUUAUCGUCUCUGUGCUGUACCACGUUAAACCACAAGAGUCGUUGACAGUGUUCCUCCAUCUAUUGCAUUGCCUCUGAAAUCAAAGACCCUGUUAGUGAAAAAAAAAGUUAAGUUGUAAAGACUUUAAUCAGGUACUUUGCUGUAAAUCACACUGAGCACAAAAGAAUCAAAUGCUUUGAUCACUAUUGUCAUAAAAUGCCUUUGGUAUUGUAGAAGCAGUUUUAUUGUCUUAUAUAUCCUUACACGUGGCCCUAUACUUACUAAUCAACAAAACAGUACAUGCUGGAGGUCAAUAAUAAAGUCCCUAAUGCCUUAUUCGUACGCCAUUAGAUGAUAUAUUAAGAGGUUUGGCAUAAACAGAGAACAUCUGUAUAAACAUUCCUCCGAGUGUCAAAGCAACCACUGGCGUCGUCCAGCACACGUGAAUUCCAGUAAGCUUUCGACAUGAUAUUCCUGUGCAUGUGCAGUUACGUAAUGCG